AUGGGGGAGCGGAUACAUGCCCUUCCCUCGCAAAUGCGACUGCUAGUGCUAUCUCACCGCUUGAGUAUCGUCCGUGGGUCUGGAUUGAGCGUCCGCCAUAGCACCUUCCAGCGACCACAACAUACUGCUCGCUUUCAUUUACAAUCAUUCAAAAGUCCUAAAAACCCACCCACACGGCUAUGGCGCAAUAUUGCAUGGCUUAUCCCUGUGACUGGCGGUGUCGCACUUUACCUCUAUCCUAGCCAACAGCUCCACCUACCUUCCAUAUUUUCCUCGCCGACACUUAUUCCAUGUACAGAAAACGACUUGAACGUACAAGCAAGAGACCCUAUAAUAGGAUCACCAGCGGAACCCCAUAUGCCUAUUCCAUCGCGGAUAUUAUCUCUGUUGCAGGAACACUUGUGGGAACCUCUGUUGACGGCACGAAGAUUCAUUCACCUUUUCUAUCUUUUCAUACCUGUCAUCAUUACCAUGCCUAUGCUGCUUGUUGGGAAGCCUGAACGUCGAUAUAGGGGUGACAAGUGGGGCGCCAUCUGGUGGUACGGAUUUCUUGUCAGGAGAAUGGAGACUGCCGGGCCAACGUUCAUCAAGCUUGGGCAAUGGGCGGCAUCGCGUGCUGAUCUCUUCCCAUCAUUACUUUGCGAGAAAAUGGGAUCCUUGCACUCUCGCGGAAAGCCCCAUUCACUCAUGCACACUAAGCAAGUCAUCGAAAGGGCUUUUGAACGGCCAUUCGAUGAGGUGUUCGAAGUCUACCGGGCAACUCUCAAGCAUGAUCUUAUACCUCCCUCUUACCUUGGGCCGAAACGACAGACUAAAUCACCCGCAGGGUCACUGGCUCCCGUUAUUCUGCAAGAACCUCCGCCUUCAGUACCUACUGCAUCUGUCGCCAUCAAAGUUCUGCAUCCUCGCGUCGCCAAAGACAUUGCGCACGACCUAUCUAUAAUGUCUUUCUUUGCGCGGGUCAUUACCCUUCUCCCUGGUAUGCAAUGGUUAUCACUCCCAGAGGAGGUCAGCGUCUUUGGUGAAAUGAUGCGUCGACAACUCGACCUCAGAAUUGAAGCAGAAAACCUCCUGACAUUUGAAAAUAACUUUGCUUCGAGAAAUGUGCCCGUAUCAUUUCCACGUCCUUUGAAAACGUUUUCGACUGCCGACUUACUUGUCGAGGAAUACGAAAAUGCUCUUCGCAUGGAGUACUUUUUGAAAAAUGGAGGAGGGCCAUUUGAUGAUCAAUUGGCAACCAUCGGAUUGGAUGCUUUCUUGAAAAUGCUACUACUUGACAACUUCGUGCACUCUGAUCUUCAUCCAGGCAACAUCAUGAUCAAAUUCACGAAGCCUCCGACCACCCGUGACCUCCUUAUGAGCAUGUACUCCUCAUCUUUCCCACAAAAGGGCUCUGGCGAGAUUCUCGUCGAGCACCCGCUGGAAUCUGAUGAAAUAGUAACUCGGCUACGCUCACUCAGGCAUUCCCGUGAGGAGUGGCAAAAGGAACUCAGGAUUUCAUCGGAACAGGGCUACGUUCCUGAAAUUGUUUUCAUCGAUGCUGGUCUCGUGACAACGCUUAACGCGGCAAACCGCAAGAACUUCCUCGAUCUUUUCAGGGCUGUUGCUGAGUUUGAUGGCUACCGAGCCGGUCAAUUGAUGGUCGAACGUUGUCGGACUCCCGAACUUGCGAUCGACACCGAAACUUUUGCGCUGAAGAUGCAACACAUUGUUCUGAGCAUCAAACGGAAAACAUUCUCACUUGGGCAGAUCAAGAUUUCGGACAUUUUGACCGAUGUUCUAACGGCCGUGCGGCAGCAUCAUGUCAAGAUGGAGGCGGAUUUCAUCAAUACGGUUAUCUCCAUAUUACUUCUUGAAGGCAUUGGGAGAAAUUUGGAUCCAAGUCUAGAUCUUUUCAAGAGCGCCUUGCCGAUUCUACGACAGCUCGGACGGCAGAUGACAACUCAAGAGUCGAUGACGCAGUUACCCUCAGGAAACUUUGGAGCGUUGUUGAAGGUCUGGAUGUGGGUAGAAGCUCGUCAAAUGGCCUCAGCAGCAUUCAUUGAUGUUGACGAGUUGGUCAAAUAUGAUUUGUUGGUGUUCUGA